AUGGUAUCAUGGCUCGCCUUCGCCUUUGCCUUCGCCUUCGCCAUUGGUGUGCUGAUAAUGCAUACAUCUUUGAGUGAUAUUGAAGAAUACAUCCCCAAUGCAUCACCUUUCUUUGCCAUGGCUGGGAACAAUAAAUAUUGCAAGAAGGCCAAAGCAGAUGUUGUAGCUCAAGAUCUAAUGCUUGUAAUUGAGCAAGGUAUUAUGGUAGCACGGAGGGAAGAUAUUGAAACACGACUUUCAGAUACACAACGUCUAUUCUCUGAUACUGUAUAUCUCUCCUUAAUCCAAGUUCUCGAGUCUGAUAUUACCGCGAGCGACCAUACAUACAAUUUCCUCAGUACUUUACACACAGCAAACGGGGAUCUAAGUACCAAUGCAAAGGUGAAAGCAACAAAUAUUCGAAACGAGGCCCUUAACCUUCAAAAAACCAUUCAAUUUCAAGCCGACUCAAAUUUAUGGUUGUGGACACAGCUGGCCGACACCGCACAAAAUGAAGCAUCCGCAAGACACCAAAUAAAAACCAUAACUUCUUUAUUUCAGACCUAUGAGAACACCACAAGACAUAUCAUAGCUCUGGUUUUGCAAAUGGGAUCCGUCGCGGAAGAUGCACAUUUCGAUUUAAACAUGGAUAUUAAUAAAGCUCUAAGUGACAUCCACCAACAAGGAAUACGCGAAAACUUAACUCUCGAUCAAAUCUUGCGAGAUCUUGUAGCAAAGGAUGAAUUUAUACCAAGAGCUAAAACCUGGCUUUACAAUAUGACUAUUCCAGACAACGAGUUGAUCAGUCUAUUGAAAACUGGGACCGGAAAUUUCUCUCCGAGUUCUGGAAGGAGAUUUUCCUUUGUUCUGGAGUACAAUAAUGCUUGUACAGCGCACUCAACCAUCUUCCCAUCCAUGCGAAUGGAAGUAUCCGAUGCCAUUGAUCUCGCAUCUAUGAAGAUGAAGAGAGCCUACGAUCGAUUCCAUACUCCAAUGUUUUUCGGAGUUGGUAACUGGGUUCUGUUGAGGCUCCAUAAAGGAUACAACAUCCCUUCUUCCAAGAAGUUGGGAAAGAAGUUGUCUCAACAGUAUACUCACCCUUUGCAGAUUGUUGAACGAGUUGGGAGGCUGGCUUAUAAGUUGGCUAUACCUGAACAUUGGCGUGUCCAUCCAAUUUUCUCUGUGGUCCAGUUGGAACCUUCUACUAGUCCUCAUGAAGAUCCUUUUCGUCGCCACAAGUUCCAACAUGAUGAGGCAGUGGAUGAAGAACAGAACCCUGGUUAUUGGGAAAUCGAACACAUCCUUGAUAAACGCAUGACUGGUAAGGGUAAGAAGACCGUUCAAUAUCUGGUUCGUUACCAGGGAUAUGAACCAGAGUUCUCACAACUGUCAAACUCAUUUGACAUGGCUGCGGUCAUUAAUUUUGUGUCAGAUUCAACACGCUUUUGCCCCAAUACAAUGAUACCCAGUGCCAGGCAUCAUGGAUCUCCGGAGGAUUCACUAUAUCGACAACCUUCCAGAUCGAGAGUCGAAUCUCCCACUCUCCCCAGUCCACAAACCCACCCCACAUCAGUAAAUGAUGGUACACCUCCUUCAAGCACAAACACACAACCCAAACAUGCCGACUCACAGGACCUUAAGCCUUCUCGAACUACAUCUGUGGAGUCGGAUCGGAGAAUUAUAAGAUCAACAAGGUCUCUUGAUGAUGUACAGAAAUAUGGCAGAAACACAAUCAAAGUUCGAGAUUUGGCACACAUUGAGAGUAUCGCCAGCGAAGGAUUCCUUUCACUUAGAAGUCAAUCUGAACGUCCACGUACAGAAGAUGAUCCCACAUUGAAAUACGAGAUCAGUGGGAUGCCGAUUACAGAUAUUAUUGAAAUGGUAGCGGGACUUUUGACCAAAAUCACCACCACGAACGAUCGCCAAUAUGAAACCUUGCAAAGAUGCUUUCCAUCUGCCGAGCAAACAGCUAAUCUUUCCGGACUCACCUCAAGUGUACUCGCAUUCCACGGAAAAAAUGUGCCUAGCAUUACAAUUUUGAGUUACUUGACUAGAAUACAAAAGUACUGCCCCACAACUUACGAGGUAUUCUUGAGCUUAUUGGUGUACUUUGAUCGAAUAACGAAAAGAGUAGUUCUGGGCGGUUCUCGGCCUUCGUCCAGCUACUCUGAAGAGGGCUCAGAUUUGGCAGACACUCCACCAGGAGCUAGAAGCGUUCCCGAACUCGAAUCAGAACUCGACAGUGCUCAGUACACCCACGCAUCGGGUCUUGACUUUUCAUUGGCCCAGUUACCUCUCUCAUACGUCUUUGUAGUUGAUAGCUUCAAUAUUCACCGUUUGGUUAUAGCUGGUUUUGCUUGUGUAAACAAAUUCUUCUCUGAUACAUGCUAUACGAAUUCUCGAUACGCCAAGGUUGGUGGACUACCGUUGAAUGAAUUGAAUCAUUUGGAACUUCAAUUCUUUCUACUCAACGACUUUCGCUUAUCCAUCUCCGUGGAAGAAUUGGAAGACUAUGGCACAAUGCUUGUGGAGUUCUAUGCUCGGGAGGUUCUUGUACAAAAAUAA